AUGCGAACCCGGCCUCGCUCGUGUAGCGGCGGCAGGCGGAGGAUGUGUGUCCUGGAGCAACCUGCGGUGGCGCACCGGCGUUCCCCAUUCCCCGAGAAGAAACCUGCACUACGUGACAAGCACUUAUUGGGUGCUAUAGGUCCUGCCUUGGAGACUGAGAAACUUGCCCUAAAGGAACCUAUAGUGCAGAUAGAGGAGCCCAGCACGGUGGUGGAGAGCAUGGAAGUCAGAUGGACCCAGGCCUGGAUCCCACCCAGCCCACCUCUCACUAGCAGCUGGACCUUAGAAAAAUCACUGCACGUGUUUGAACGUUACAAACUAGGUAAAGGAGAUGCAGAUGUGUGUCUCAGAGGAGGGGAAGAUUACUUCUACCUGGCACAUGUGGAUGCUAGGUGGGACUCUGAUGGACAGACUUGUAUUGAACAAGACAAACUGGGUCAAGCAUUUGAAGAUGCCUUUGAGGUACUGAGGCAACACUCAACAGGCGAUCUUCAGUACUCCCCAGACUACAAAAAUUACCUGGCUUUCAUCAACCAUUGCCCUCAUGUCAGAGGAAACUCCAGUUGCUAUGGAAUGUUGCCUACAGAGGAACCUGUCUAUAAUUGGAGAACCGUAAUCAACAGUGCUGCGGACUACUAUUUUGAAGGAAAUAUUCAUCAAUCUCUGCAGAAAAUCACUGAAAACCAGCUAGUACAACCUGCUGUUCUCCAGCAAAAGGGAGGAAAAGGCAGGAAGAAGCUCCGACUGUUUGAAUACCUUCAUGAAUCCCUGUGUAACCCCGAGAUGUCAUCUUGUAUUCAGUGGGUAGAUAAAACCAAAGGCAUCUUUCAGUUUGUAUCAAAAAACAAAGAAAGACUAGCAGAACUUUGGGGAAAAAGAAAAGGCAACCGGAAGACCAUGACUUACCAGAAAAUGGCCAGAGCACUGAGGAAUUAUGGAAGAACUGGAGAAAUCACCAAAAUCCGGAGAAAGCUAACUUACCAGUUCAGUGAGGCCAUUCUCCAAAGACUUUCUCCAUCUUAUUUCUUGGGGAAAGAGAUCUUCUACUCACAGUACAUCCAACCUGAUCAAGAAUAUCAUAGUUUAAAUAACUGGAAUGCAAGUUAUAAUCCUACGUAUGCCAACUACCAUGAGCUAAGUCACCCUGAUUACUAA